AUGUUCAGAAGCCCAGGGAUUCCCAGCUACCUGGGCACUUUCAAGUUCUCUGAGGAACAAGAUUUGAACAAGAAAAACUUAAGCCUCGUUGGAUUCCCGUGUCAAAGAAAAGCUCCAAGCUUUCAGAAAGAGUUCUUGCUUGAAGACAAAGAACAGCUUGCUAACCACAAAAGAGGGAUCGAUGCUCAGCUUUUAGCUGCCCUUCCUAAAGUUGCAGAAUUAAGAAAAAUCUUUGAACCAAAGAGGAAAGAAUUUUUAGAGAUGAAAAGAAAGGAAAGAAUUGCCCGGCGCUUAGAAGGAAUUGAAACCGACACGCAGCCCAUCCUCUUGCAGAGCUGCACGGGCUUGGUGACUCAUGGCCUGCUGGAGGAGGACACACCCAGAUACAUGCGUGCCUCAGACCCGGCCAGCCCGCACAUCGGUCGAUCAAAUGAAGAAGAAGAAACUUCAGAUUCUUCACUAGAAAAGCAGACUCGAUCCAAACAGUGCACAGAAACCUCAGGCAUCCAUGCUGACUCCCCCUACAGUUCAGGCAUCAUGGACACCCAGAACCUCGAGUCCAAAGCCGAAAGAAUUGCCAGGUACAAAGCAGAGAGAAGACGGCAGCUGGCAGAAAAGUAUGGGCUCACCCUGGACCCGGAACCGGACUCUGAAACUCCAUCUCGAUACAGCAGGUCCAGAAAGGACCCCGAGGCUGCAGAGAAAAGGGGGGGAAGAAGCGAGCGAUCAGUCGAGUCCAGCAGAGACUCCGGCUCGUCCUACUCCAGGACUGAGCUCUCGGGGCUCAGGACCUGCGUGGCUGAAUCCAAGGACUAUGGCCUGCACCGAAGCGACGGUGUUUCUGACACAGAGGUGCUGCUCAACGCAGAAAACCAAAGACGCGGUCAAGAGCCCAGUGCCACCGGGCUGGCCCGAGACCUGCCCCCUGCAGGGGAGGUCUCCUCUUCCUUCUCGUUCUCCGGGCGAGACUCUGCCCUCGGUGAAGUGCCAAGGUUCCCAAAGCCAGUGCACAGCCUGCCCAGUCCAUCACCUGGGCAGCCAGCCUCCCCAAGCCACUCCACCAGUGACCUGCCACUCCCUGCAGAGGCUCGAGCCAGUACCGGGAAACCCAAACAUGAGUGGUUUCUCCAGAAAGAUUCCGAAGGGGACACACCUUCACUUAUCAACUGGCCAUCCAGAGUUAAAGUUAGAGAAAAAUUGGUGCGAGAGGAGAGCGCUCGCAGCAGCCCUGAACUUGCCUCCGAGUCCUUAACUCAGAGGAGACACCAGACGGCGUCAGGCCAUUACCUGGCAUUUCAGUCAGAGAACUCGGCCUUCGAUAGGGUCUCGGGCAAGGUGGCCAGCUCUGCAAGACAGCCCAUCCGCGGCUACGUCCAGCCAGCGGAGCCCGUCCACACCAUCACGCUGGUGACCUCAGACACCCCAGAAAGCGUCUCCGAGGGCAGCUGGGCGGGCCCGCUCCCCCAGACUGUCACAAAGCCUCCCCCACCAAAGGUUCUAGAAGGUGAAAGAAGAGACACCCCAGUUCUCCAUAUUUGUGAAUCCAAAGCAGAAGACGUGCUCUUCUCUGAUGCUCUGGAGAAAAGCAGGAAGACCCUUGCGGUUUUGGAGGAUCAUGGGUCUGGGAGAAGCCAGGAAGCGCCCCCUGGAACCGGGGAUUUGAGUCAGCCCGCUGCUGGCACAGUUACUGCGGAACCUCAGAAGGAAUCAGAGAGCCUGGCCCGCCCGCCUACGGCUCAGCGGCAGCCCACCGAGAGGAUGGGCAGGAGUGAGAUGGUCAUGUACGUUCAGAGCGAGGCAGCGUCCCAAGGUCACAGGAAGGAGGCACCCCCGCGGAAACACAGGGUCCUCACCCGCUCCCUGUCCGACUGCACGGGCCCGCCGCAGCUCCAGGCCCUGAAGGCCAAGGCCCCGGCUCCCAAGCGAGAUGCCGAGUCACAGACCUCCAAGGCCGAGCUGGAACUGGGCCUGCUGGACACGAAGGUCUCAGUCGCCCAGCUCCGCAGUGCGUUCCUGGAGUCAGCCAGGGCCAGCAGGAAACCCGAGCUCCAUUCUCGGGUUGAGGGGUCAAGCGAAGGCCCUGGUGUGGAACGGGAGAGAGGGUCCCGGAAACCGAGGCGCUAUUUUUCUCCUGGUGAAAAUAGAAAGACUUCCGAGAGAUUUAGAACUCAACCCAUAACCUCGGCAGAACGAAAGGAAUCGGAUAGGUCAACUUCAAAUUCAGAAAUGCCAGCUGCCGAGGAUGAAGAAAAGGUCGAUGAGCGAGCGAGGCUGAGCGUUGCUGCGAAGAGGCUGCUCUUCAGGGAGAUGGAGAAAUCGUUUGAUGAGAAGAGCGUCCCGAAGCGCCGCUCCCGCAACGCGGCUGUGGAGCAGAGGCUGCGGCGCCUACAGGACCGGUCCCACACGCAGCCCGUCACCACCGAAGAGGUGGUCAUUGCAGCCACUGAACCUACCCCCGCUUCGUGCUCAGUGGCCACCCACCCUGUAAUGACAAGACAUCCUAGCCCCACUGUAGCUAAGAGUCCCGUGCAGCCUGCCAGAUUGCAGGCGUCUGCUCACCAAAAGGCAUUAGCCAGAGACCAGACAAAUGAGGGCAAAGACUCUGCUGAGCAGGGAGAACCCGACUCCUCCACUCUGAGCUUAGCGGAGAAGCUGGCCUUGUUUAACAAACUGUCCCAGCCGGUCUCAAAAGCCAUUUCAACGCGGAACAGAUUAGAUGUGAGACAGAGGAGGAUGAAUGCUCGUUAUCAAACCCAGCCGGUCACGCUUGGAGAGGUGGAACAGGUGCAGAGUGGCAAGCUCAUGGCCUUCUCUCCCACCGUUAACACAUCCGUGUCCACCGCAGCAUCUACCGUCCCCCCUAUGUACGCAGGGAAUCUUCGGACAAAGCCACUUCCGGAUGACAGCUUCGGUGCCACCGAGCAAAAGUUUGCUUCUUCGCUAGAAAACUCCAACUCCCCAGUUAGAAGCAUCCUGAAAUCCCAAGGCUGGCAGCCCUCGGUUGAGGGUGCUGGGAGCAAAGCAAUGUUGAGAGAAUAUGAAGAGACAGAAUGCAAGGGAGGCUUGACAGGUGGAGAUGGCGGGGUUACAAAGUACGCGUCCUUUGAGGAAGCAGAGCUGUCUUACCCUGUCCUCAGCAGAGUCCGAGAGGGAGACAGCCAUAAAGAACCCAUCUAUGCCCUUCCGAGGAAAGGAAGCCUGGAGCUUGCCUAUCCUCCCAUCACCCAGCUUGGUGAUGAGCUGAAGGAAUUUUCCACCCCAAAGAGCACCAUGCAGGUGAGCCCGGACUGGAAGGAGAGGCAGCUCUUUGAAGAGAAGGUGGACUUGGAGAAUGUCACAAAGAGGAAGUUUUCGCUGAAAGCGGCGGAGUUCGGGGAACCCACUUCUGAGCAGACCGGCGCGGCUGCUGGGAAACCGGCUGCUCCGACUGCAACCCCCGUGUCCUGGAAGCCGCAGGAUCCCUCCGAACAGCCUCAGGAGAAGCGGUAUCAGAGCCCAUGUGCGAUGUUUGCUGCUGGAGAGAUCAAAGCCCCGACGGUGGAGGGCAGCCUCGACUCCCCCAGCAAAACCAUGUCCAUUAAAGAAAGAUUAGCACUGUUGAAGAAGAGUGGUGAGGAAGACUGGAGAAACAGACUCAACAGAAAGCAGGAAUAUGGCAAAGCCUCCAUCACCAGCAGCCUGCACAUCCAAGAAACGGAGCAGUCACUCAAGAAGAAGCGGGUCACAGAAAGUCGAGAGAGCCAGAUGACUAUUGAAGAGAGAAAGCAUCUCAUCACCGUGAGAGAGGACGCCUGGAAGACCAGGGGCAAAGGAGCAGCCAACGACUCCACCCAGUUCACCGUGGCUGGCAGGAUGGUGAAGCGAGGUCUGGCGUCCCCCACUGCCAUCACCCCGGUAGCAUCCCCUAUUUGCAGCAAAACAAGGGGCACUACACCAGUUUCCAAACCUCUGGAAGAUAUAGAAGCCAGACCAGACAUGCAGUUAGAGUCGGACCUCAAGUUGGACAGGCUGGAAACCUUCCUAAGAAGGCUGAACAACAAAGUUGGUGGGAUGCAAGAAACAGUCCUCACUGUCACUGGGAAAUCGGUGAAAGAGGUGAUGAAGCCGGACGAUGAUGAAACCUUUGCCAAGUUUUACCGUAGCGUGGACUCCACUCUACCAAGAAGCCCCGUGGAGCUGGACGAGGAUUUUGAUGUCAUUUUUGAUCCUUAUGCCCCCAAGUUGACAUCCUCGGUGGCUGAGCACAAGCGUGCUGUGAGGCCCAAGCGCCGGGUCCAGGCUUCCAAAAACCCCCUGAAGAUGCUGGCCGCGAGGGAAGAUCUCCUGCAGGAGUACACUGAGCAGAGACUGAACGUGGCCUUCGUGGAGUCAAAGCGGAUGAAAGUCGAAAAGUUGUCCGCCAACUCCAGCUUCUCAGAAGUCACCCUGGCAGGGUUAGCCAGCAAAGAAAACUUCAGCAACGUCAGCCUGCGUAGCGUCAACCUGACAGAACAGAAUUCCAACAACAGCGCAGUGCCCUACAAGAAGCUGAUGCUGCUGCAGGUUAAAGGAAGAAGACACGUGCAGACGCGGCUGGUGGAGCCUCGCGCCUCCUCCCUCAACAGCGGGGACUGCUUCCUCCUGCUCUCGCCCCAUCACUGCUUCCUGUGGGUCGGAGAGUUUGCCAACGUGAUCGAGAAGGCAAAGGCCUCAGAACUCGCAAGUUUAAUUCAGACCAAGAGGGAACUUGGUUGUAGAGCAACUUACAUCCAGACUGUUGAAGAAGGAAUUAAUACACACACACAUGCAGCCAAAGAUUUCUGGAAGCUUCUGGGCGGCCAAGCCAGUUACCAAUCCGCCGGAGACCCAAAGGAGGAUGAGCUCUACGAAACGGCCAUAAUAGAAACCAACUGCAUUUACCGUUUGAUGGAUGACAAACUCGUCCCUGAUGAUGACUACUGGGGGAAGAUCCCAAAGUGCUCCCUCCUGCAGUCAAAAGAGGUACUAGUGUUUGAUUUUGGGAGUGAAGUUUACGUGUGGCAUGGAAAAGAAGUCACAUUAGCACAACGGAAAAUCGCCUUUCAGCUGGCAAAGCACUUGUGGAAUGGAACCUUUGACUACGAGAAUUGUGACAUCAACCCGCUGGAUCCUGGGGAAUGCAAUCCCCUCAUUCCCAGAAAAGGACAGGGGCGGCCUGACUGGGCAAUAUUUGGGAGACUUACAGAACACAACGAGACGAUCUUGUUCAAAGAGAAAUUUCUUGAUUGGACGGAACUGAAGAGACCUAAUGAGAAGAACGCCAGCGAACUUGCGCAGCACAAGGAUGAUGCCCGGGCGGAGGUCAAGCCUUACGAUGUGACGCGGAUGGUUCCGGUGCCCCAGACGACAGCCGGCACCGUGCUGGAUGGGGUCAACGUGGGCCGAGGCUAUGGGCUGGUGGAAGGGGACGACCGGAGGCAGUUUGAGAUCGCCAGCGUCUCGGUGGACGUCUGGCACAUCCUGGAGUUCGACUACAGCAGGCUCCCCAAGCAGAGCAUCGGGCAGUUCCACGAGGGCGACGCCUACGUGGUCAAGUGGAAGUUCAUCGUGAGCACCGCAGUGGGAAGCCGGCAGAAGGGGGAGCACUCGGUCAGGGUGGCUGGCAAAGAGAAGUGUGUCUACUUCUUCUGGCAAGGCCGCCAGUCGACCGUGAGCGAGAAGGGCACAUCGGCCCUGAUGACGGUGGAGCUGGACGAGGAAAGGGGGGCCCAGGUCCAAGUCCUGCAGGGCAAGGAGCCCCCCUGUUUCCUGCAGUGUUUCCAGGGGGGGAUGGUGGUCCACUCCGGGAGACGGGAGGAAGAGGAAGAAAACACACAAAGCGAGUGGCGGCUGUACUGUGUGCGCGGAGAGGUGCCCGUGGAGGGGAACUUGCUGGAGGUGGCCUGUCACUGCAGCAGCCUCAGGUCUAGGACGUCCAUGGUCGUCCUCAACGUCCACAAAGCCCUCAUCUACCUGUGGCACGGGUGCAAAGCCCAGGCCCACACGAAGGAGGUCGGACGGACUGCGGCCAAUAAGAUCAAGGACCAAUGUCCCCUGGAGGCCGGGCUGCACAGCAGCAGCAAAGUGACAAUCCACGAGUGUGAUGAAGGCUCGGAGCCCCUGGGCUUCUGGGAUGCUCUGGGGAGGAGAGACCGGAAAGCCUACGACUGCAUGCUUCAAGAUCCUGGAAAUUUUAACUUCACACCCCGCCUGUUCAUCCUCAGCAGCUCCUCUGGCGACUUCUCAGCCACAGAGUUCAUGUAUCCUGCCCGAGACCCCUCUGUGGUCAACUCUAUGCCCUUCCUGCAGGAAGACCUAUACAGCGCCCCACAGCCAGCACUUUUCCUUGUUGACAAUCACCAUGAGGUGUACCUCUGGCAAGGCUGGUGGCCCAUCGAGAAUAAGAUCACGGGCUCCGCGCGCAUCCGCUGGGCCUCGGACCGGAAGAGCGCCAUGGAGACAGUGCUGCAGUACUGCCGAGGGAAAAACCUGAAGAAGCCGCCCCCCAAGUCUUACCUCAUCCACGCUGGCCUGGAACCCUUGACCUUCACCAACAUGUUCCCCAGCUGGGAGCACAGAGAAGACAUUGCGGAAAUCACGGAGAUGGACACGGAAGUUUCAAAUCAGAUCACUCUAGUGGAGGAUGUCUUAGCCAAACUGUGUAAGACCAUUUACCCGCUGGCCGACCUCCUAGCCAGGCCACUCCCUGAGGGAGUUGACCCUCUGAAGCUGGAGAUCUAUCUCACCGACGAGGACUUCGAGUUUGCACUAGACAUGACCCGAGACGAGUACAAUGCACUGCCCGCUUGGAAGCAGGUGAACCUGAAGAAAGCAAAAGGUCUGUUCUGA